UGAUUCGAAGUGUUUUACAGUCUGCCCGUGUUUCGAUGUGUUCCGAUAUGUAAUUAGUUUCGUCACCGAUAGUGGAUAACUAACAACGGCAAACGUGUUACUAAUCACGAAGGAUAGUUCCUGGGGCAGUUCGUGGUAUGUCGGGUUAGGCGGUGGGAAACGCCUAUUGCAAAAUGAAACAGCAAAUGCUGUUUAUCAAUGGAAUGUGUAGACAUUAUUAAUUACGCCGCCGAGUGCCUUGCUGGAGUGUGGGAGGAGGCCCUUUGUUGGUACACUUUAUGGUCUACAUCAAAACGGCGACGCUGAUGCUAAGGAAUUUUCCUGCCCCUGCUGCGACUAAUCUCGGCCCGGACGGAGCUGAGAAUGUCCCGCGUCCAAGUGUUAUACGACUUCACGGGAGAGCCCAACUCGUCGGAGCUUACGAUCAACGUUGGAGAAAUUCUGACCGUCACAAACACUGAAGUCGGUGAGGGAUGGUGGGAAGGAUCAAAUGCACGUGGCCAGCGGGGCCUUUUCCCGGCUGCGUACGUGGAAGUGUUACCAAACAACCCGGGACCACCAAAGAUACCUGUACCGCCCUUGCAACAGCCGCCACAGCAACAGCCGCAAGUCCAACAGCAGCAGCAGCAGCAGCAACAACAAGGGCCCAGGUAUGAUCAAACAGCGGACGAUUGGGGGGACCAACCGGAUGACUGGGAAGACGAUUGGGACGAUGACAACGAUACGUACUCGGAGAUUGGUCCAGCAAGUGGUAAUAAUGCGGGGGGUGGCGGGAAUGCCGUUAGCAGCCAAAAUGGGAACUUUCACAGCAACCGUUACAACGCUAAUGCGAUAUUGCCACUACCACCUGUGGGCACAAACGACGGGGACACCACGUCUCUGGCGUCAACGGCAGUUGGCGGAACGAGAAGGACCACGUCGUCAUCGAAAAUAUUCUCAAAAACAGGAGACGCGUAUCUGAUGGGACUGAGCGUUCCCUCGGUAUCGGAGAGUGAUAGGGUUCAAAUAUUGCAGGUUGACAGCGGAAUCAUGUGGAAGCCGCUGAGAGAUGGAUACACAGUGGUAGUGGAUUCGCCUAAGAAAGAGAAAAAGUUUAAUGGCCUUAAAAGUUUCAUAGCGUACCAGCUGACGCCUUCGUUCAACAAUAUUCCGGUGUCGCGUCGGUAUAAGCACUUCGAUUGGCUCCACGAGCGACUGGUGGAUAAGUUCUGCCUGAUUCCCAUUCCACCGCUACCGGACAAGCAGAUCUCCGGGAGGUACGAUGAGGAGUUUGUCGAGCACCGUCGAGUGCAGCUGCAGGAGUUUGUGGACUGGAUGUGUCGCCAUCCGGUCCUGUCCACUUGUGGUGUUUGGAUGCAUUUCCUCACCUGCACGGACGAGAAGAAAUGGAAAACUGGCAAACGAACCGCCGAGAAAGAUCCUCUCGUGGGAACCACAUUCUGCGCCGCAAUCUUUCCACCGGACAAGACGUUGCUUCAGUCCCAGGUUGAGCCACAGGUGGACUCGUGUACACUUUUUGUACCCCAAAUGAACACCGCCGUUAAAACGCUAGCACAAAUCUGUAGUGAUGAAACGAAAAAGUUCCAGGUUCAAUGGCGCCAGGACUACCUGCGGAUCGGAGAUGGACUUUCCGAGCUGGCUCGGGCUCUCGAGCUGGACGAACGUCGUCAGGUUACCCAGGUUAGUCUUUCCAACUCGGUGGGUCAGGCAGCCGGCAUCUUUAUCAACAUCGGACAAAUGUUUGCCGACCAACCGAAGCACGAUUUCAUACCCUUUUCGGACAGGCUGCACAUCUACCGGGGGCUGCUGAACAGCUUCCCGGAUGCGCUGAACGAGUAUAAAAAUGCCGUUCAGAAGCGGAAAGAUUGCGAAAGGCUCGCUGCCGAGCAGAAGAUGGACAACAGUCAGCUGGCGGAGGUCAACCGGAGGGUGGACGUGAUAUCGUACGGGCUGCUCGCCGAAAUGACACACUUCCGCCAGGAGCGGGAUACCCAUCUGAAGGAUACGCUGCGUAGCUUUAUCGGGGCUCAGGUCGAUUUCUACAAGAACAUCGUGCGCCGUCUGGAGCAGGCGCAGUCGCACUUCUAAGUGCGCGAUUUUUUAGUCUUAUUUUUUUUUCUAGGUUCAUUGUGCGCUUCGUUUCAAACUCACAUUGUAUUUUAUCGUGUAAGCUUUACUCUUCCUGCUAGAUGUGGAAGCAAAAUUUGAACAGAACAUUGUUGCCUUAAAAGCGUUAGUUUGAGUUGUUCCUCGUUCAGUUUGUUUUGUUUAUUUCCAAAGAAUAAAAAUUCGAAAUGUGAAUUUAUGGAAAACCAAUAUUUUCUAAGUUCGAUUUCGAGAUGAGUGUGUGAACUUGCCACGGGGUGGCGCGGAGAUUUGCUAGAAAUUUAAAAGGUGGACUGAGAAAUUUUCGGAGGAUAUUUUGUGCACGUAUAAAAACAUACUUGCAGUUGACAAAAAGUGGUGCUUCUUGGAUCGUCAACUAUGUUCGAAGGGAGGGUGCUUGCAUGCGAAUUUUCCCGUGGUAUGGACACUUAAUGGUUUCUCAACUUGCGGCGUGUAUUAAGACGUGUUUUAGUUAAUAUGUAAAAAUAUCGGGAUUCAAUUGGUGGAGUGGAGGUAGUGGGGAAAGAAUUUUACAAGGAUGUGCAACGUAUUAAUCUACUACUGUUGUUCCAUCGUUAUCAUGAUUCACUGAAAUUCUCCAAAGAGUCGGUGGAUAUGCACUGUACCAUGGAAGUCAUUGUGCAGCAGCUUCUAUUGGAAAGAAGCGAUGAACAUGACAAUAAUAAUUUACAACAAUAUUAGCUCCUCAAAAAUUCAUGCUUUUCAUACUCAAUAUAAUACACUAGCCCUAUCGUAUGUCGCAAUUUGUUUCAAGUCAAUGCAUUGAAAAUUUACCUCGAACGCUAUUCCGGUGGCCUUUUUCGCAAUUGACGUAGAUUCGACUACAGUCGAUUAUAUACUUGUUGCACCAGUACCAUUAUUCCACAUCUUAUAACGACAUCAAUAUAUCUUUGGCACCGUAUGGAAACAACAACAAUGACGAUAUUUGCAAGUAUCAAAUGUCAUGCUACCUGUUAUUUAGUAUUGCCUCAGGGAAUCGCACAUUUAGGCAUCGUUCGUACAACGUAAACCAAGCAUCAAACAAGCGUUCGCCAUAGCAUUCGUACAGAGCCAUACAUUGGUGGCUUGAUGUGGCUGGGCGGAAAGGGAAGACCAGUUAUCGACAUUCGCGUUUUAACUGGUCCGGCAUGUUGAACGUCAAAUAAAAUCGAGGGGAACUUCAAUGAAUUGUUUGAUUCGCGUUGAUUAUGAAAUUGGAUAAACAAAAGGAUUCCAAUGGAAGUUCCGCAUUGAGUGCGAUAACAGGUAUGAAAUAUAAUUUGAGGAAAUUAUUUUUCUGUAAUUUAAUCCAUGUUUUUGUCAUGUCAAUUUUUAUAACAUUUCAAAUUACAUUUGAAUGCCUCUCACAGCAAAUCAUCCAUUUGAAUAUGGCGUAGGUUGUUUACAAAAUUCUGCUUUUUAACUGGUCCAAGGACCAGUUAACGUUCGCUCAGUUAAAAAGCAGACCAGUUAGCAAACGAUUACUGUAUAAACACUUCUCAUCAUUUUUUGCUAUUCUCAAAAGAAACGCUUCUGUUAAUAUUACUGGCCUCGAAAAAAGUUAGCUGUCAUCCUUAGUGAAGAGAGUUUUGCUACUGGCAAGCGAAACCAAAUCACAUACGAAUAUCCAGAACGACAUUCACUUUCUUGGAGACUAAAUAAACGAAAAAAAUGAGUGGGUUAUAUCUAUUACAUAACCGCAAGGUUGACGUGGGACUACCUGAGCUCAGCAAUCAUUUGUUUGUAUUGAUUGAACUUUUGAUUGAAUGAAACAAUUUCCGAAUUCAAUUGAAUUCAAUAUAUUUGCUUUGUGAGUAAAAAGAUUGUAUAAUGGCAUGUAAGGUCAAUUCACGCAUUGUGAUAUAUUAUGUUCUUCGUUACAAGUAAAUUUAAUGACAGUUUUUUUACGUUCGGUAUGAUGCCUAGGACAAAAUAUGUCAAUGGAAGAAUUAUCAAACGAUUAUUUUAUUUUACGUUUCCUUCUGAAGUUUGCAUCUCUCAAGUGUAUGUACUUCUCGAACAGCGAAUUUGCUUGAUUUGAUAAACUUCAGACACUCAGUUUCAAUUUUGACAUGUGCGUCGAACGCAUAUUGUUUAAUCAAUAGGCGUUAUCGCAGCAAAUGGUUAUCAACAAUUUGCCUAAUCAUCAAAUGGUAUGCGUAGAAAUUCAGUGAGCAGAAGAUAUGAAGGCAUAUCCUUCAAUGCAAUCUUGAAUAACCGAGCCAAAGCGUUGUGGUCGUACCCGAUUUUGUGAUCCGUGUUAGGAAAAUACUUUUCGGAGUGCAAAAAAGUACUCCCGGCUUGCAUGAAUCAACAACUUUAACUUCUUUUUUUUAUAAUAUAGAGGAUUCAUACUUCAAAGUUCAUUCGCCUCUAGUGUCUGCACGAUUUUUCCAGGUUCCUAAGUUUAAAAGACUGUGUUAAGGGAACAUUUUCUACCUUGCACAAAGGCAAGCGAGUACAAGGGUACUCGCAAUUUGCAUUUGUUUGCAAAGCCGAUCUUGGUUCUGAAAUCUGUGUUGGGGAAACAUAUUCCAGUCGGAACAAAAUUACCCCCGACCUGCAUGUAUUUGCAAUGCCAAUUUCCCUACGCUCCAUGGAUUUGAAGUCUGUGUUAGUGAACACAUUUCGGUGAGAAUAAAAGUCCCCGUACCUUCAUGUAGUUUUAAUGACGAUUUCCCAAAGGCUGUUUGGUUAAAAUUGCUGUGUUGGGGAAACCGUAAAUCGGACUAAUCAAAACGAGGCAGUUAGGGCGUUUAGAUAACGCUUCACAUUCUACGGUUAUUCAAUUGUUCAUCUGAUGUAGAAUAACAUUUUAUUAAUUGCAAAAGAUGCGUAAAAAUAUUCCCUAUCAUUUGAUGCAAACAUCUUUCCGAUCCUGUAAGAAAUGUUCGAGUUAUAAACAUUCGGAAUGUAUCAUUUUUUCCAGCAUGUUCUGUGUUUAGGUUUUCAAUUUACCCCCCCCCCCCAUUUACUCCGGUUAGACGUAGUCCCACGUCAAUAAUCUCUGUUGAUCGCAACAACCUCGAAAAGAGUAGCAUUACUUCAUUAUGAUCAGGAUUAGCGCAAAAUCAAUCCUAGUUGAAGGCAGUUUUGCGACUGGCACGCGAACCCAAAUAACUUAUUGGGGAAGUGGGGGCAUAGUGGUCACCCCAAGGAAUAUGCUCAUUUCCAGCGCCCAUAUACCGAUUUAAUUCUCGUCUCUCGAAGAAUAUUAGAGUUCAACUCAUUGUUCUUCAAGAUAGCAAACGGCUUUUACUAUAGAAAUUCAAAAUAGUACACUUUUCAUCAUUAGAAAUAAAGGUGAAAAACCGAACUUUUUUUUUGCUUGGAGGUAAAGUGGUCAAAUGGGAUAGAUUUAUGCGUUUUUUCGUCCAAAUUUGUUCAAAUCAAAAAUUUCAAAAAUUUGUUAUAGUAGGUACAUGCAUGAAAUAAGCUCGGUCUAUUCACCUAGAGUCUCAAUUUAAAUUUUCUCGUGCAUACAAAAGCGUAGUAAGAAACACAUAACGUUCCGCAUAAUGAGGCUUGGUUUAGUUGGAGUGGCAUAUUUAUCCAGGGUCAAAGCCACAAAAGGAUCUUCUUCAAGAGCAGAAUGUGAUGAGGUAUAUCAGCUUUAGUAAACAGAACAUUGUAAGUUGUUAUUUAUCUAUGACCACUUUGCCCCCAAAUAUGAACAUAAUGGACCUGAUCACGAACGUCACUUCACGGUGAAAACGAAGUGAAUUGUAUACAACCUUAUUACGGCUGUCACCGUGUAUGUAGAAUCCAGAAGAGUUCAUCCGUCGUGACAACUUUGAUAAACUCGGUGUUAUUAUGAAUAUCACGAUACUGUCAUGUCUCGGAGAAAAACAGGUAUAUUUGAUACUUGUGUUUUAGAUGGUGAAAGCUAAUCACGCGGUAUGGAGUAAGCUUAAUUUCGUAUUUAUUUAGCUUUUUUGCUAACAUGUUGAAUCUUGUCUUGUCUUGUUUAAGAAAAAAAAGAUAAACAAACAGCAAUUUACCCGCCCGGUAGGAGUUUUAGAACGAAAUUCGGACGUAUCCAGAGGACGUAAAUUGGGUUAUUUGGAUUCGAUAAAUACGCUAUGGGAUGUAAUUAAGGAUUAAAAAUGUAGUUUCUGUAGGCCCAUUGAAACAUGGCGAAGGUCUACUUCCGAUUGUCCUGAAUGGACAUAAUUUUUUUGUUUCUAUUUUUAGGAUUAUACUAAGAGAGAUUUGCAACACCAUAACAUGGCAAUGGAGACCACUGACCCAAAUACGAUCAUUAUGAUUGAUUAUGUAUAAUAUUCAUUUGUUCAUAUUUUGAAUAUAAAAUAAUAACUGUAAUGUUUUUCCAACAUUCCAGAGCUAGUUUUUUUUGUAAUUCAAACAUUCACAAUUGGCGGACCAGAUCAGAAUCAGGACGAUAGCUAUAACUUUUUACGUUAUAGUUAUUUUCAAUGGUAUUGUUUUGAAGACAUACUUUGAAUGAAAGAAUAUUAAAAAAAUGAUUUUCAAACAAGGUUUCAAACAAGGAAGGAAUGAGUCUAUCAUUGCAAAGCAUUCACAAGAUACUGUUUUUAAAUUCUUUUCUAGUUCUUUUUCCAUAAUUUUGACAUCCGUCUAAAGAAAAUCUGAAUCACUUUCCGCUUUUGUCAAAUUCCUUGAAACCCAUCAGAUGUUUUAUAUGAGGAUUAUGCUUCUGACGCUGCUGACCAGUUUCUGUUUAAAUAAUUAAAUCAAACCUCAUAUCCCGUAUAUCAAAUUACACGAGAAUGAGAAGGAUAAGAGGAUUAAACUUCAGAAUUCCAUAUGGGAGGAGCUCAGAUUAUACUGAUCGUGAGGGGGAUAAAUUCGGGUUUGUUCUGAGAUAUAGAUGAUAUUAUUCAUCAAAAUUGUAGGAACGGUUCAUAAAAAUGAUUCUAAAUAUUUCUCACUAUUCAAACGAGUAAGACAGAGCUAAGUACAAGAGUAUGCGAGAUUUCUAUUAUUAAACAUAAUAGUCAUGUUUUAUCUCUAGCGUAAAAUCACAUUCCCAUAUGUUCAACAACUACAUUAUUCCCGACCAACCAAGUAUUCCUCUACAUCUUUGAGUCAGCAUUUGAUUCAGCAAACUAAUCAUCGAGGUAUAAUCGUAAACUUGUCAUUCUAAAAUAUACGAUUAAUUAAAUAGAAUAUUGUCUCAUACGCUGUAUUAAUUUUACCUACAUAACGUUCAAACGUCCAAAAUUAUGCAACCGAUGCAACACCCGAUCAAACACCCGACAUUAUGCAACCAAUAUGUCUCUUAUGAACGGGAAAGAACACUUUCACUUCACGGAGUUCAUUUUAACACGCAACUGUCCGUGACAAUGAUGAUAGACACAAAAAGAUUAAGUGAAGUGUAAGUGACGUGAAGCGUACGUGGCAGUGAUGUUCGUGAUCAGGCCCAAUAUCUAUGCUAAUCAAUCGCUGAGAUUAAACAAAAUAUCUGUUUACCUCUCCUAGAAUAUGUGAACAGUCGUCCAAACUGAUGAUUUGUCCAAUAUAUCAGAUUAAAUAAACUAAAUUUCACGAGAAAUUCCUUAGAUACCAUGCGCAAAGAACUACAGCCGAAUGACUAUCGAGAGAGUAAGUUCUGUUUUUAUUUGUAUUUUGACAUGCGACAGCUCUAUUUCUUGGUGAGCUGAAAAAUCUGUAAAUCUCUAUGAAAAACAAAAAAAAAAAUCUGUAAUCUGUAUCUGCUGAUUCUAGGAUUCAAAAAGUUCUAUCGGUAUGCCAAUUCCUGGCUUCAAGCGCUUCAACUAUUCUUUCAUUCCAGACUUCUUUCAACCACAAUAGAUUUCAAAUAUUCAGAAAGAAUAUUCAUAACAGCCGCGGUAUUGAAACGAUCCGACAUGUUUCCCGUUUCCCCGGGGAAUUAACACACACAAUUAGAUCACAAUUCGUUUUCACACUAUAUAUAAAUUAUUGCUAUUUAUGGCUCAGAAAAUCGCAUUCUAAAGCAUAUUGGGCAAUUGAGAGCAUCAAAUUCAACGCGAAUAUGCGCACACAUUCAAUCCUCACUUCUCUCAUCGAGUUAGCUCAAAUAGGAGGACAACAGCGUCCGUUCAGGAAUAUUUAUCAUCCAGCCCUCGCGGGCAGAUCCAACGCACCCAAGUUGGAAACAAUUGUUCCACGUUUGUGUUUAUCUUGUAAUGAGCUGGGUUCGAUACCACUGGGAAAAUAAGCAUGCAAGCAAGCAGGUACGAGAUGCCGUUGUAAUCUACCGCACAUCAUGAGCCUCCGAUCCCUUGCCUUCUAUCCGACGGACGGAUAACAACUAUGCAAGCAUUUGUGUUCGACAGCGUCGCAUAACACAUGGCGACAAAACAUGUAUCAACGUAUAACCCUCCCGAACACACCGGUCACGCGUCCAUAUAAUGAGAGCAAAAAUUGUCGGAUUCUCACAUAAUUUCCACCACGCAGCGGCACGAUAAAAUUACAUACCCUAAAUUGUGUCCUAUAACCUCCCCUCUCUCCGGCUUAUCGCUUGAUGUUGACCAAAACGUUGCCUUUUUCCCAGAGCCCCCAUUUGCCCCUCAUCGCCGCGUUUAUGGUAGCCAAAAACAUACGAAAACAUUGUUUCUUGCGUAAUUGAUAAAAUCAAUUGGAAAAACACACAUCCGAAGCAGCCUUCUCCUCGUCCCACGCGCGCACCACGCGUAUUUGCAAACGUUUUAUACCGAGUGGGUAAUGAAGGGGGGAAAUAAUUACAAUCAUUCUAGUAGCUGCACGCUGUAAAAGUGUUACUUCAGGUACAACAUACAACAUACACGUACACCUAAAAUACUGAUUAAGAGAUAUGAGAUGAGAGAUAUAAUUAUGUAUGCAUUCAUACGUAAAUGGAGUUGCACUACCAAUCAGCUUAAACAGGUUGAAAUAGGGAUGUAGCACGCGAUGAUAAUUGUAUGAAAUUAAUGUAUUUACGUAACACAUUACUAAGCAGAUGAAGAUAAAAUAAUCUGUAUAUCUAAACCACUAAGACACGAAAUCGUAUGUUUAUAUAUUUUAUACGCAAAGAAGGGAAAGUAUUACAUUUAAAAACUACACAUAAUGAAGAAGGGGUUAUCAUUAAUGGCCAACACUUUUUGAAAGACGCUGUUGGAGAUCUUCAAUAAUAAACAUAUGCCUCAAUCGGUCGUAACGAUAUCCA